CGUCGGGUUUCUUUCCCUGCUGAUGUAUACCCGCCUUGGCCAUGUCCGAGAUGACCGGCGGACGGCAGGGCGGACAAGAUGCCAAUGGUCGCCUCCCGACGUGCUGUGGAUCCCCCUCAAUUCACAAUGGAAGCGAGAUACGUAUCGGUACGGAUGUUUGCAAGGCAAAUGGUCGUAAAGACGUGGUCUCGCCUUGGGGGGUUGUGACGAGCUGGGUUGCGAACUGCCUUCGUUGCGGACGGAUGAGACAACGCGGUGCUGGCUGGCGAGGGGACUUUCAGGGCUCAGGGGCCUGGACGAUUAAUGACACAGAGCUAUCCCUUAACGAGACAUGAC